AAAGCUUUUAAAGCAAAAAUAAUAUUGGAACCGUACAAAGGGACCCCGGGGGAUAUAAAUAUUCCAGCUUUUAAAAAGCCGGUUAUUUGCUUUAAGUACGGGCAGUUAGGCCAUAUUGCUGCAGCAUGCAAAAUACGGACGGAUAACCCGGAAACCCCGUUGGCCCCAGCGAUUAUACAAAGGGCGAAGGGGAAAAGGCCCGAAGUACGGUGUUACGGGUAUGGGGAAUUGGGCUAUAUCCGGCCGGCGUGCCCCAAAAAAAGCAAAAUAUCGCUACUUAAUUCGAUACCGCUAUUUAGCCGUUUAAAUACCGGGGUUUAA